AUGGAGCAUUUUUCCAUGCAGGGUUAUAACCUGCUAUCUUCUAAUUCAACCUAUGGCGGCCACAAUCAUACGAAUAAUGGUACGCUGCUGGAUUGGGCUUGUACAAUGUGCAAAUCGCCGGAAGGUUUUGGUCCCAUUUCUUUCUAUGGUGAUUUUACACUUUGCUUCAUAGAUGGAGUGUUACUUAAUGUAGUUGCACUCUUUAUGCUCAUAUUUGGUACCAGAGAUCUGUGGAGACUAUGUGUUAUGAAACAUCCAGGAAUUAAGUACAGAAGAAAUUGGUUGAUCAUCUCAAGAAUCGCCCUGGUUUUACUCCAAAUUGUAUUUUUGGCAGUGGCUAGUCUCUCUAUACCCAAACAAAAGACUGUUGAUUACACAAUUAUUACCCAAUACACCUUGACAUUGUUAUCUCUAUUCGUAGCAGUAUCGCUGCACUGGAUUGAGUAUCACAGAUGUAGAGUGGCCAACAGUGUUGUUCUUUUCUACUGGUUGUUCACCUUUGCAGGUAAUUUGAUGAAGACUUUAAAUUUUAUUGUGAGACAUAACUAUGAAGGAGGUUGGGAACUAGGCCACAAGGUCUUUAUUCUAACAAUGUUCCAGGCCAUUAAUGCGCUAGCAAUUCUGUUACUGGAAGCCCUCCCAAGUAAGCCAAUGAAGUCACUACAUGAUAUUCAAGGUCAUGUAAGUAGAAGAAAGGAAAAUCCUUACGAUACAGCUAACAUUUUCUCAAGAAUAUCAUUUACAUGGAUGAGUGGGUUGAUGAAGACCGGUUAUGAAAAGUACCUAACUGAAACUGACCUAUACAAGUUGCCAGAGAGCUUUAACAGUACAGAACUUUCAGGAAAACUGAAUGCACAAUGGGAAAACCAAUUGAAACAUAAAGCCAAUCCAUCCCUGGUUUGGGCUAUGAUAAGAACCUUUGGUGGUAGGAUGUUAUUAGCUGGUUUCCUGAAGAUUAUUCAUGAUGUUCUAGCCUUCACACAACCACAACUAUUGAAGAUUUUGAUCAGAUUUGUGACGAUGUAUAACAAGGAAAGGGAAGAAGAGAAUGUUAUGAUGGAUAUGCAGAGGCAACUUCCAAUUGUAAAGGGUUUCUACAUUGCUGUCUCGAUGUUUUUGGUCGGUUUCACACAAACUUCAGUUCUUCAUCAAUAUUUCUUGAACACUUUUAAUACCGGUAUGAAUGUGAAGAGUGCUUUAACCUCUAUUAUCUAUCAAAAGGCAUUAGUAUUAUCAAAUGAAGCAUCAAAUACCUCUUCUACUGGUGAUAUUGUGAAUUUAAUGAGUGUGGAUGUUCAGAAACUACAAGAUUUAACACAGUGGAUUCACUUAAUCUGGUCUGGUCCAUUACAAAUUGUAUUGUGUUUGAUUUCUUUAUAUAAGCUUUUAGGUCAUUCUAUGUGGGUUGGUGUUCUGAUUUUGACUAUUAUGAUUCCAGUGAACUCAUUCCUAAUGAAAAUUCAGAAAAAUCUUCAAAAAUCUCAGAUGAAGUUCAAGGAUGAAAGAACUAGAGUAAUUAGUGAAAUCCUUAACAACAUGAAGUCAUUGAAAUUGUAUGCCUGGGAACAACCAUAUAAAGAAAAACUGGAGUAUGUUAGAAACGAGAAGGAAUUGAAAAAUCUGAAAAAAUUAGGUGUGUACAUGGCUUGUACUAGUUUCCAAUUCAAUAUCGUUCCAUUUUUGGUCUCAUGUUCUACAUUCGCUGUUUUUGUAUACACUGAGGACAAGGCUCUAACAACUGAUUUAGUUUUCCCUGCUUUGACUCUGUUCAACUUGUUAUCAUUCCCAUUAAUGGUCAUUCCAAAUGUGAUUACAGCCAUCAUUGAAUCAUCUGUUUCUGUAUCCAGAUUGUUUAACUUUUUGACCAACGAAGAACUUCAAAAGGAUGCAGUUCAGCGUUUGCCAAAGGUUAAGGAGAUUGGUGAUGUUGCAGUUAAUGUGGGUGACAACGCUACUUUCUUGUGGAAACGUAAGCCUGAGUAUAAGGUCGCUCUGAAGAACAUCAACUACCAAGCAAAGAAGGGUGAACUUUCUUGUAUUGUUGGUAAAGUUGGAAGUGGUAAGAGUGCAUUUUUGCAAUCUUUACUUGGUGAUUUGUUUAGAGUUAAAGGAUUUGCUACAAUUCAUGGUUCUGUUGCAUAUGUAUCUCAAGUGGCAUGGAUUAUGAAUGGUACUGUGAGGGAUAAUGUCUUGUUUGGACAUAAGUAUGACCCUGAGUUUUACGAAAAGACAAUUAAGGCGUGUGCACUAACAAUAGACUUGGCUACAUUAGUUGAUGGUGAUCAAACUCUUGUCGGUGAAAAGGGUAUUUCUUUAUCUGGUGGUCAAAAGGCUCGUUUAUCUUUAGCAAGAGCAGUAUAUGCGAGAGCAGAUACAUAUUUGUUGGAUGAUCCACUGGCUGCUGUUGAUGAACAUGUCUCCAGACAUUUGGUUGAACACGUCUUGGGUCCAAACGGUUUGCUUCACUCUAAAACUAGAAUUUUAGCCACCAAUAAAAUAUCAGUGUUAUCUGCUGCUGAUUCUAUCACGUUACUUGAAAACGGUGAAAUCACUCAACAAGGCACAUACGCUGAUUGCAGAAAGGAUGAGGAGUCUGCACUGGGUAAACUUUUGAAGGAAUUUGGCCGCAAGGAAUCCAAGAAUGAUGACACUAUUACAUCUAGUUCUUCUGCUGUCUCAAUCAGUGAUAAGGAACCUACUGUUCCAUUGGAAGAUGAGCUUGAAGAGCUAAAGAAGUUGGAUAAGUGUGUGUACAACGAAAAUGAUGCCGGUAGUUUAAGAAAGGCUAGUGAUGCAACUUUGACCAGUAUUGAUUUUGAUGAUGAGGAGAACGUGAAUACCAGGGAACAUCGUGAACAAGGUAAAGUCAAGUGGAACAUUUAUUUGGAAUAUGCUAAGGCCUGUAAUCCAAAAUACGUAUGUGUUUUCAUUGUUUUCAUUAUUCUUUCAAUGUUCUUGUCUGUUGCAGGUAAUAUUUGGUUGAAGCACUGGUCUGAAGUUAAUACUGCCCACGGAGAUAACCCACAUGCUAUUCGUUACUUGGCAAUCUACUUUGCUUUAGGUGUAGGGUCCGCAUUCUCAACUUUGAUUCAAACAGUCAUUCUCUGGAUUUUCUGUACCAUCCAUGGCUCCACCUAUCUACAUAAUCUAAUGACAAAUGCUGUUUUUAGAGCCCCAAUGUCUUUCUUUGAAACUACACCAAUUGGUCGUAUCUUGAACAGAUUCUCCAACGAUAUUUACAAGGUUGAUUCAAUUUUGGGUAGAACUUUCUCUCAAUUCUUUGUCAACACUGUUAAGGUUUUAUUCACUAUCGGUGUUAUUGCUUACACUACAUGGCAAUUUGUUUUUGUUAUCGUGCCACUUGGUAUAUUCUACAUUUACUAUCAACAAUACUACCUAAGAACCUCUAGAGAGCUACGUCGUCUGGAAUCUGUGACAAGAUCUCCAAUCUUUUCUCAUUUCCAAGAAACUCUUGGUGGCCUUGCUACCAUUAGAGGCUAUGGCCAACAGAAGAGGUUUGAACAUAUUAAUGAAUGUCGUGUUGACAAUAACAUGAGUGCAUUCUAUCCAUCUAUCAAUGCCAAUCGUUGGUUAGCUUACAGGUUGGAAUUUAUCGGUUCGGUUAUUAUCUUGGGUGCUGCCACGCUUUCUAUCUUCAAGUUGAGAGCAGGUACAAUGACUGCUGGUAUGAUCGGUUUGUCUCUAAGUUAUGCUCUACAAAUAACACAGACAUUGAACUGGAUUGUUAGAAUGACUGUUGAAGUUGAAACUAAUAUUGUCUCUGUAGAAAGAAUCAAGGAAUACAGUGAGUUAAAGAGUGAGGCACCACUUGUUAUCGAAAGCAAUAGACCUCCAAAGGAGUGGCCAGUCGCUGGUGAAAUUAAGUUCGAGCACUAUUACACACGUUACAGAGAGGAUCUUGACUAUGUUCUAAAGGAUAUCAACUUGGAGAUUAAGCCAAGGGAGAAGAUCGGUAUCGUUGGCCGUACUGGUGCAGGUAAAUCGUCAUUGACCUUGGCACUAUUUAGAAUUAUUGAAGCGACUUCUGGUGGUAUUCUAAUUGAUGGUGUCCACAUCAACGAGAUUGGUUUACACGAUUUGAGACAUCAUCUGUCUAUUAUCCCACAGGACUCGCAAGUGUUUGAAGGAACAAUCCGUGAGAACAUUGACCCAACCAAUCAGUUCACCGAUGCCGAUAUAUGGAGAGCGCUAGAGCUAUCACACUUGAAGGAGCAUAUAAUGCAGAUGGGUGGUGAUGGUCUAAUGACUAUGAUGACUGAGGGUGGUAGUAACCUGAGUGUUGGUCAAAGACAGCUAAUGUGUCUAGCCAGAGCGCUGUUAGUUCCAUCUAAGGUUCUUGUUCUUGAUGAAGCCACUGCUGCAGUUGAUGUUGAGACAGACAAGGUUAUACAAGAGACUAUACGUACCAGUUUCAAAGACAGAACAAUCUUGACUAUUGCCCACAGAAUCAACACCAUUAUGGACAAUGACCGUAUUAUUGUGUUGGACAAAGGUAAAGUUGUAGAGUUCGACACUCCAGAGGCUCUACUGAAGAACACAAACUCCAUCUUCUACUCAUUGAGUAAAGAAGCUGGUUUGCAGCAUUAA